AUGGGAAGUGGAAGCUCCAAACCGGAGCAGCACGUAUUCAAUGCCGAUGCGCCCGUGAGGUUCAGCCAAAGCGUGGUCGAUUCGCUACAGAGCAGCCCAGAGGUAGAAGAUAUCUGUUGCGCAGAGGACGAACAAUACACUGACCUUCUUGUUCUUCAGACCGACUCAACAAGAGCGAAAGACGCCGAGCUCAAAGUCCAGUCGCGGGUCAACCGCGAACUCAAGCGCAUUCGCAACUCCCAAACCAAACAACUUUCCGAACUUACAGCCUCCCUUACCACAAACCCCCCGAAAGAAGGCGACAAGCCUGCAGAGAACCAGCGAGAUCCAAACAGCUUAGCCGCGCACCUCUCGUCGCCCUUUUACCAGGACUACAAGUCCCCCACAGGCCCAGCAGCAGACGCGAAGCCCGAAUCAGACAGGACGCACGACAGCGUGCAGAAGGAGAUCAUGGACUUGAAGCAGAAGCUUGAGUCACGGAAGAAAUUGGAGAAGGUCAGUCCGGAGGUGGAGAAGGCGAAGGAGAGCCUGGUGAUGUGUCUGCGGACGAACGACCGAAGACCGCUGGACUGCUGGCAGGAGAUGGAGAACUUCAAGGCGGAAGUGGGAAAGCUGGAGAAGACCUUUAUUCAGAAGGCUGGUCGGUAG